AUGCAGACCCACCCAUUGCCUCAACCGUUGCCCCAACUUGCCCCAACCGACCUGCUAAGAUGGCGCCGAGAUAAUAUCUCGUCGCUAGGAAUUUAUGAUGAGAUUGACAAGAGCCCUGCUCCGCCCGAAGUCAGCUUGACCUGCCCGCGUGUCUUGCCAUCACCUCCGACAGAUGUACCAGCACGGCCUAGCAUUGAAACCAUUAUCCAAGAUGAAUCCGUCGUAGAUGACACCACGUCCGGGUUAGAACACCUUGGAGAUCAAACGGGUGUUAUAAGGGAUGGGGUGGCAACACAAAUUGUCCAGGUCAAUGAACCCUCAAACAGCGAGGCUAUCUCGGAUAAUGAUGUAAGAGGCAGACUCACCGAGAGUCAAGCGCGUGUCUUCUCCCGUCUUGGGCCUCAAACUCGCUCUGUCAACCCAUCGCAAGCCACACUGGCAAACUCUCCAUCCUUUCGUCCACGACGAAAGGCAAAAUCCGCCCGGCGAGAGCAAUUUCCUGCAGUUUCCGUUGUCAUCCCUGUCCGUUGA